GAUUUUGUAGGAUCAAAUAUUGAAACAGAUUGCUGUGAACAAGAUGUGCAAGGUUGACAAAUAAACCAUGUAAGGCUGCUGCCAAUGUCCAUCACCGCAAGUUGUGGAACAGGUGGUUCACCAAUGGAGAUAUUCAUCAAUAACACAACAUUUCUGGAGCUAGGAACAAUUCAAUCUACUUAAUUAAAAGUGGAUUAUCCUGCCUGUGAGAUACAUGCGAGAAGAAGGGGCAAUGGCAAUGCGAAGUCAAAACUGGGUAUUGAGGAGGCGAGGAAAUAACAUGGACAGUGGACCCAAACGAGAAGAGAAGGGACAGCUGGAGGUGGCAUAAUCGCUUCUCAUGGAUUUCUAAAGAUCUCCCAGAUUUGGAUUCUCCGAAUCUAUCGCCUUUAUUAUUUUCUUCUACUUUUCAUUCAUUUUACUUUUUAUAUUUAUAUUCAUCACUCUCUCUCCCUUUCCCUUCUAACAAUAUAUAAAUAAAAUCCACCCAUUUUUCUCUAUACUUUCUGUUCUCACACCACCCACCUCUGUUAAACUUUUCACUUUCAUGGCCAUCACCGGUGAGAUUUUCCGGCAAAACUUAACGGAAUUGCUCGAGGAGUCUCCUUCUGGUUCGCCAGAGCUUCACGUUCUUGCCGUUGAUGACAGCCUCGUUGAUCGCAAUGUCAUCGAACGCUUGCUCAAGGUUUCUUCCUGCAAAGUGACGAUUGUGGAGAGUGGAACGCGUGCUCUUCAGUAUCUGGGCUUGGAAGGAGAGACCGGUUCUCUCGGGUUGGAUAGUGCGAAGGUUAAUCUCAUAAUGACGGAUUACUCCAUGCCGGGGAUGACAGGAUACGAAUUACUCAAGAAAAUCAAGCAGGAGUCUUCCGUGUUUAGAGAGAUUCCAGUGGUUAUCAUGUCGUCGGAGAAUGCAUUGACUCGAAUUGAUAGGUGCCUGGAGGAAGGAGCAGAGGAGUUUCUGUUGAAACCUGUAAAAUUGUCAGAUGUAAGACGCUUGAAAGAUUUCAUCAUGAAAGGGAAAGUGAAGGAUGUUGAAAAAAAAUCUCUCAAAAGAAUGAGGUCAACUGAUUGCAGUCCACCACUGUCUGCAACAUACUCACCCAUCUCUCUUCCAUGCGAUCCGUCACCAUUAUCCUCAAAGAAGGCUAGAUUGUGAUGUGAUCACAGAUUCACUACUGCCUGUCUCCAAUUUUGUCGACACCAGGUGUUAAUCUCAAAAGCUUGUGUUGUGUUUUUUGCAUUCGUUCACCAAUCCAUACCUUAGGAAUCAGAAAAGCAAGUGUGAGAAUCGAUAAUUUUUUGGCCAUUUGUUUGUCAUUUGGUCUUGCUCAUGUACAGUAGAAAAUCAUCAAUAUAUAUCGAAAUAGAGAGCUAUUCUGUUA